GGACCGCAAAAGUUUCAACAUGGCUCCUUAGCAACCAGACGCUCCUCCCUGGACCUGGACACAGACUGAUUGCCUAACGUUACUGAACUCAGAUGGGCCACAUAGUUUGUGUUUGAGUCCGCCGGUAUCAUGUAAUUCGCCGUGGAAAAUUGUGUUAAUUUUGUCUGCCAUGCAAGGGUUAAUUUAAAAUAUUAAUGUAUCUUAUUACUGCCAUUCAUGGCACUUAACUGGCGUGAGCGAACAGUUCCAACAUCUGCGCCUAUCGUUAGCUAGCUAGCUGGUAAGUUAGCAUGAAUGUGUGGCGACAUUCAGUGUGUGUGUUACCGGACUAACCUCAGCUAUCUGUUGCCAUACUUACCCUUUCUGGCAGCAUAUAUUCAUUACAGACAAAUUAAAUACUUUGCUUAGCGUUUUCUUAGCUGCACUACAUUUCAAGGCAGAAAAGUUAUGAUGCAGAGUGAGAAACAAAAACACCGAGGUGAUGAGGAGGUGGUCAAAGAACUGUGCAUGGCCAAUGGAGUGUCCUAUGAAAAAAUUGCACAAGAAGGAAGCAAUGUCAGCUCCCUGGAGAUCUUCUUCUCUGGUUUUCCCCGCAUGGUUGGGCUUUCCUUCUUCCCAGGGCUCUGCGAGCUUACCAUAGUGGGACAGAAUAUAAAACACAUUGAAGGACUUGAGUGCUGUCCUCUGCUUCGGGAGCUCUGGGUAGUCCAGUGCCAUCUGACAGGAAUAUCAGGACUACAGAAUUGUUCCCAACUAGAGAAACUCCACCUUUAUGAUAAUCAGAUCUGUGAAAUAAAGAAUUUAGAAUUGCUGAUCAACCUAGAAGUCUUGUGGCUCAACAACAACUGCAUAACUCAGAUACAGGGCUUGAACACGCUUCAAAAUCUCAAAGAACUCAACCUUGCUGACAACAAUAUUGAAAAGAUUGGGUAUAGCCUUGAUCCUAAUGUCAGCCUUCAGAAUCUUAAUCUGUCCGGGAACAAGAUCAACUCCUUUAAGGAGCUGACUCUGCUCGCCCGCUUACCCCAUCUGAGAGAACUGGCACUGAAAGACCCCACCUCAACCCCAAACCCAGUGUGUCUGCUGUGUAACUACGCCACACACAUUCUUUACCACAUGCCAGGCCUCCAGCGACUUGACACCUAUGACGUCUCGAGCAAGCAAGUCAAGGAAGCAGCUGAGUCCACAGUAAUGAAGAAAAUGAUGUACUACAACAUGCGUGUACACACUGCUAAGAGGAACCUGGCAGAGAUCCGGCUCAGUCUGAUAGAGAGGAAGAAAACUAUGUUACAGUUACCUGAAGAAUGCAUCAAAACUCUUAAUCAUGCCCUCAAAAGUCUUGAACGUGAGCUCUCCAAGGUGCCGGCUAGUUGUAAGAAGUCUGCCUGCACAUUGGAGGACGAAUCGACCCACCUGGUUGAAGGUUCAGUCGACAGAAGUGACCCGACCACAGACAUCAGUCGCGAUCCCGCCAUGGAGCACAAAAUACUCAGCAAGAUUGAAGCACUGAGGGAGAGACUGCUGCAAUGGACAAGGAGGCUGAAUGAGAUUGAAGCUUGGUAUGUGCAGGAUUUGAUGCAAGCCACUAACACGAUAGAAUAUACUGUCAAGUUUCUGUUGAUGGAGCUAGAAAGUGUUGGAAAUAUUCGUUUGGAAGAAGGCUGCUCCACAGACCCUUGGUUUACUUCCUGUUGCGACCUCCUGCAUUCCCGCUUCUCUCAAUCAGACUUCAAGGUUCACAGCAUCGCUGGGAUUAAGGUCAACAGAGUUGUCCGCAUCCACAACAGUGCUUUGAGGCUUCGCUUUGAGGACAAACUUCACACCCUUCAAACCAGCGAAGAGUCUGCUAUGUCUUCACACAGGAAUUACAGACGUCGGCUGGAGCACUUGUUCUACAUAGCUGACCCUGAAAAAAAUAGGGAGGAAGAUAUUUUGUGCAUUCUAGAGGAAGGCUUCAAAACAACUGAACAGUAUAAGGCCUCGGAAAGAGAGGGUGCGAUACCUUUAUCCAAUAGCCUGAGUGUGACUGAACAGCCCAGAAUUGAAUACACACUGUGCCAGGUCAGCCAAGGUGAUUCCAAGCACAGUAUGGACACAAUCCCUUUCAGGCACGGUCAGAUUAUUGUUUCCAAAGUGUUUGUGGGACACAGCACUCCCAUCCAAGAGGGAGACCAGUUGGACAGAAGCAGAUAUCCCAGAGCCUACUCUGUAUAUCGCAAUGUGGACACUAAGCACAGAACUGCAAUAAGUGAAGAGAGACCGCAUUCCACAAAAAUACACACUGGUCCUGAGUGCACUCCCAGAAGAAGACAGUGGUUUGUGUUUGACCAUGAGCUUGUCCUGCCUGAGUACAUCAUUUAUUUUGAAUACAUCACAAGGGAUAAAGAACAACCACACAGCACAGGCAGAGAUGGUACUCCAUCCAACGAUAUCAUCCUAGACAGAGAAGUCCUAAACAUGGAACCUGUGCUGAAACCACAGCCCAAGUUGUUGAGCUUGGAUGACAAAAUUCUGCUUAAUGUGGCCAGAGCCAAUGUCCUCAGUCAAAUUACUGUGCUGAACCUUCAUGGCAACAGUCUGAGUAAAAUAAAGGAGGUUUCCCGCCUCACAGGUCUGCGGCAUCUUACCAUCAGCUUCAAUGAGUUCACACACCUGGAUGACAUUUCUCACAUGCCCAACCUUGAGUUUUUGGAUGCUAGCUAUAAUCGCCUAGUGACCCUAGAGGGGCUGAGGAGGUUGGGACAGCUCAAACAGCUCGACCUGCGCUGGAACAAGUUAACCAAUGCCAGAGAGGAUACGGCUGUACUGAGAAAACACACACCUGCUCUGCUGAAGCUUGACACCCGGUACAAUCCCUGGAAUAGGGUGCGCAAAGCAGUCAGAAUGACCAUACUGGGCCAUCUAACUACCCUCACACACCUGGACAAUGUAAUGGUAGCAGAGGAGGAGGCUGCUUAUGCUGUUCAGAUGGCUGCUGGAUCUAAAAUUAACCAGGCUUCUCUUCAGGCUUGCUCACGUACCGAGAGUGAGCGACCUCGCAGUCUCAGCCUGCUGUCAACAGCCCAACUCCUAUGUCUUCUCAGCCCUGCACCCUGGGCCCUCUACCGAGAGCUGGAGCUAGACUGGACUACAAAGAUCACUGCCCUGAACCUUGACAGCCAGAGGAUUUCCAAACUGAUAAAUCUGAAUAAGCUGGUCAACCUUCGCUGGGCUUCCUUUAAUGAUAAUGACAUUUCUAAAGUGGAGGGUCUUGACAGCUGCUUGCAGCUGGAGGAGCUUUCCCUCAAUAACAACAGCAUAAGCACACUCAAUGGCCUAUCAAAACUGCGUUGCCUAAAUAAACUGAGUGUAAAUUGGAAUCAGUUGUCUAGUCUGGACGCCUCAGUCCUCGAUCAGCUGCCCAACCUGACCUUUCUGUCUAUGGAAAACAACUGUAUCAGUUCCCUGCAUGGCAUCCAAAGAGUUCGCUCCCUUCUUGAGCUCUACGUCGGCAGCAACCAAAUUUCUACCUCACGAGACAUCUACUAUCUUAAGGGAUUGACAAACCUCAUUAUUCUGGAUCUUUAUGGGAAUCCUUUAGUGGAGAAACUGGAAAACUAUCGGAUUUAUGUGGUGUUCCACCUACCCUCCCUAAAAGCUCUGGAUGGCAUUGCAGUGGAGGUAACUGAAUGUGAAAGUGCAAAGGAUAUGUUUGGAGGAAGACUAACACCUGACAUGGUAGCAGAGAAGCUCGGCCACUCAAACUACACAGACAUCACCUACCUCACUCUGCAGUCCUGCUCCAUUAGGAUGGUUGACCUGUCUCCAGCAGACCUGUUCUGUAGCCUGCGCAGUGUCAACUUGGACCACAACAACCUCACCUCUUUCUCAGGCCUCAUUUAUCUGCCCAACAUUAAAGCUCUGUGUCUGAACUACAACCACAUUGAGUCCAUCCUGCCCAGACAGAAGACACAGGCUCCUCUGACAAACAGACAGAUACUGUACAGCAAGGUUCACUCCAGUGGUUACGGCCAACAGAGCCCUUCCAAAGGCAAAGGGGAAACUGGGCCCACUGGCAGUCUGGAGCCACUGAUGGGCAGCCUGGAGGUGCUGCAUUUGAGUCACAAUGGCAUCUCCAAUAUGACCAAUCUGCAGCUCAGCAGGCUCACCAAUCUUAAAGCACUCUUCCUUCAAGGUAAUGAGAUCAGCCAGGUGGAAGGAUUGGAGGGGCUUCACCAGCUCAGAGAGCUUGUAUUAGACAGGAACCGGAUCAAAGCUCUGGCCGAUAACUCUUUCAUAGCCCAGAAUGUCCUGCUAGAACUGCACCUAGCAGAAAACCGGAUCCGGGAGCUCAACUAUCUAGAUCCUUUGACUGAGCUCCGCAAGCUCUUUCUUGGCAUGAACAAGCUCCAGGACAUCACAGAGCUUGACAAACUAGAAGUUCUUCCUUCACUGACAGAGCUCUCUGUAGUUGGCAAUCCUGUGGCCAAAAAUUCUCUCCACCGGCAAGCAGUAGUGCUCCGUCUGUCCCAGUUACAGGUCCUGGACGGAGUGAUGGUCACCUUGGAGGAGAGGACAAGGGCUGAACUCCUCACUGCUGAUCCAUCACCAUGCUCCCAAUGCCCUGGAUCUUCUCUUCUUACCACUGAAAUAAACCUACCAGGACUGCUACCCCUCAUGCCUCGAAACACCCCACUAAGAGGAAUGACUAUGAGUGGAGGACUACAGAACUUUUUGCACGGGCAUGAUAUCCUGCCAAGUAGCGUGGACGAGGCCCAAUCUCAUUACACUUACAAGUACAAGAAGCACAAGCCUGGUAAUGCUGUUCGUAGCGGCCAAGCUGACAUUCCCUUUAGACACAUUCGAAGAACAGGAAGCAACCUGCCAACCACAGGUCUCCUUCAUGAUGGGAACAGAGUCAUCAUUACGUAUUCCAGCCAGGAGCAAGACAGCAGAUUUCCAAAUGGUGGCAAACCUCCACCCAUGUAGCAGUCAGAUGACUGCAGUCUGGUGAAAGGUGAACAGAUGCGACAGUGUUGUGGUCAUAUAUCAUAUGUUAGGGUAUUUUAGGGCAUCAUAUCUUGAAAGUGGUGUUUUUGUGCCUUAAUGUAUGAGCAUCUGCAUACACUUGCAUAUUUAAUGAGGAAAAAGUCAUAACAUAGGGCAAUUCAAGUGCCUUUGGUUUUUUGACAUGGCGAUGAAUAACUUUCUGUAAACAUUUUUUUUAAUUAAUUUAAUGUUUACAUAUCAAUAAAUCACCUUUGCCACUCUUUGAAUUAUAGUUUUUAGGCUAAUUGAAGGUUGCAUGUAAUGCAUAUCUUUCAAAUGCAUUUAUAAUGACUGUGACCUUAUUUUGUUUCCACAUAUGUGGAUCACUAACCAUGGUAAUCUGAGGAUGAGAGGUUUUGGUGUCAUUUCUGCUGCUAUCCCAUCCUUUGCCCCAAACAAGUGAAAAAACACCCACAGAUGUAAGAGCGUGUGUGACUGGCAUGCUGCUUCCAUGGGGUCAAAUGCAUCCCCAACAAGUGGAUAAUCCAUAUUUAGCACACCUCUCUGUGGACAAUAAUCUGCAGUCACUCAGAUAAAAAUGUAAUCUUGAAUAAGGUCCAAAAUGGAUUUCAGAGAUUGUCAGUUUCAUCAUGUUAGCCUCUUUUCGAAAAGCCCACCACAGUUUUGACUAAUAGGCAAAUCUUGUGUGUAACUGGAAAUGAAUCUACUCUACUUGAUAUUUAUGAUGUCAGUUCUGCUGAACAUGUGAUUAUAAUCCUUCCUGUCUUCCUGUCAGUUUAGUCUAGUAGUCCUGUAGUUAACAAAAACAGCAGUCUGAGCCUUAAAUGAGAAGGAUACAGCCUAUAUUAUGUGAUCUAAAACAUUUUCAUUCUGGGAACUCUAAAGACAAGGCAAACUAAUAAUUGUAUGAUAAAAACCUGUGUGAAAAGAUUUAGAUAGAGCAUCUGUUUCCAUCAAACAACCUCAACAUAAAUGUUAUAGCAGAGAAAGAACACCAUGCUCACUGUCAUUGUGCAGACCUUUUGUUAUCUUUCUCAACAUCUUCUUGUAAAGUUAAAUUAUUUUUUUUUAUUGAACUUGAGACCUGUAUGUUUUUAUAAUACAUACCCCUUAAAAAACACAACAAACAUAAUUAAAUUGGGACCCAGGUUUGGGAAAUAUAUGCCUAAAUUGUAAACAACAGCAAAUAGUUAUUUUUUACCAAGACCACCCUUCUCAAAGGACAUUACUUUAAAACCAUUGACGCCAGAAGCAGCAACAUUUUCUGUCAUGUUUCUUCCACCAUCCUGAACUCUGGGCUUUAUGGAUCAGUGGUGGUAAUGUCACCACUAGGUGUCCUUAGAGCUCCAUUAGCUCCCCCUGUAAGACACCACUAAUCCGUCCUCAAUGAAUUUACCACUUGCCCUGUAAGGAGUAGUUUAUCAGUCGAAGGCGGAUACCAUACAUGUGUGGAUGCUUUAGUUUUGUGUUCCCUGCCUGUGUGGCCUUUGCUGAACAUGUGAGGCAACAGCAAGCUCUCUGCAGCAAAAGUGAAAAGCUCUCCCCAAACAAGCUCCUCUAAUGCAUGUACUUAACUUCACUUAAUUUGAGUUAAUUCCCAGCAUUAAGCGGGGCUAAUGACUGUGCAAGUGAGUGUACUGUCAUUACCUUGCUCUGUCUGACAUCAAAUGGCAGCUGAUGGACUCACAUUAAAAAA